AUGGCGCCAAAACCUUCUACACCGCGCCGUCCUCCUACCGGCCGCAAAAGGGGACGUCCUCCCGGAACAACCAAUGCCGCUCGCUUUGCGCGCGACCUAGUCGACUCCCCCGCAGAUACUCCUUCCGCCCGACCAUCGCGCGAGCUCGCCACACCCGUCGUAGUCCCCCAAACCGAACCGCCGCCAAAGAGAAGGCGAUACAUUCCGGGCGGUGCUGGAGGUGGGGGACGCUUCAUCGAUGACGAUGGAACCCAGACCCCUAUCGCAGUGCGCAGACAGCCAAGGGAGCCGCGCAGCGUAUCUGCUCUGGUUCCUAGACGAGAACGAAGCGCAAGAAUACGAACCGCCGCAGACCGAGACGAUAUGGAGUUCAGCUCUGCUGCUGCUGUCGCAGCGGCUGUUGCCGAAAACGAAGGAUACAAGCCCAGAGAGGAGCGAGGCUGGGAGGAGUUCCAUCCCAAGCUCGAUAUUGAAGCUACCUUUAUGGUCUUCCGCUCCGAGGAAGUCGAUGGACUGCCUCUCCCACCCGCAAAAUCACCACCCUCCACUCCGCUUGUUGCCCGACCUUCUACGCCGAUGAACGGCUCGAGUACUCCCCUUAAAGAGAUGAACCCAGCUUCGACUGGCAAUACGCCAGCCCCUCAAACAAACUCAUACUUCGCCGUCACCAAUGGAGCCGACACUCCCCAAAAACGACGAACCAGGCCAACUCGAGAAUCCGUAUCUUUCCUCAGCCGAGAUUUAGCUCCAGUCUCGACUCCGAAAGUACCUCAAGUUUUACCGAUUCGAAACCAAACACCCAAGGAACGUCUUGACCUGAAAGCACCCUCAUACCGCAGAUCAGACCAGGUCGAACAAUUUGAGAGCAAGAGUUUUGGCCAGGCACGAUACGUCGACAAGUCGAUGAUGAACGUGGGAUAUCAAGAAACCGACCGGUAUAUCCGACCAGAUGGCAGACUUAUCAAGGCCACCGAGUCAAACCUGGAAGAAGACAUGGAUCAGUCAACUAUCAAGCCUGAUGGUGAAGUCGCGAUUCCCGCGUCCGGCACGAAUGUCGGUCGUGUCGAAUAUGACAUGGACGAACAGGACGACCAGUGGCUCGAAGUGUACAACAAAGAGCAACGCAAGGCUCACGAUCUCGAAAUUGUCACACGCGAGGUGUUCGAGAUCGCAAUUACCAAAAUCGAGAAGGAAUGGCAUGCGCUGGAGAAGAGGAUACCCAAGCCAAACCCCAAACCACCGCAGACGCAUCGCCCACGCUCUAGUUCAGCCGCGGCCGUUAAUGGCGAGCCCCAAGUUGGCGAAGAGCAAGAUAGCAAGUGCGCAAUCUGCGAUGAUGGGGACUGCGAAAACACGAACGCCAUUGUAUUCUGCGACGGCUGCGAUCUGGCAGUCCACCAAGAGUGUUAUGGAGUUCCCUUCAUCCCUGAGGGUCAGUGGCUCUGUCGGAAGUGCCAGCUUAUUGGACGAGGUGUUCCGACGUGCAUAUUCUGCCCCAACACAGAUGGCGCCUUCAAACAAACAAACUCGUCCAAGUGGGCUCAUUUGCUUUGCGCAAUGUGGAUUCCAGAAGUGUCCUUGGGCAAUGCGACUUUCAUGGAACCUGUCAUGGAUGUGGAGAAGGUGCCAAAGACACGCUGGAAGUUGAAUUGCUACAUUUGCAAUCAGAAGAUGGGCGCUUGCAUACAGUGCAGUAACAAAUCCUGCUACCAGGCGUUUCAUGUCACCUGCGCAAGGCGGUCGCGGCUUUUUCUUAAGAUGAAGAACAGCCACGGAGCCCUUGCAGUUCUUGACAACAGCAUGGUACUCAAGGCUUUUUGCGACAAGCACUGCCCACCAGACUACGCCAAGGACAACGGAGUCGCACAGGCGGCUCGCGAGGCUAAGAAGUUCUACAAACGCGCCAUGAAAGGACGCAUCUGGGCGGAUAGUCAGGCAACGGCCCACGCCAUAGCUGCCAACCACAGCCGUGCGCUAACGGAGCACCCACCUGAUGAGAGUCAGAUGACUGGAGCGAAAUUCGCUUCCUAUGUCGCCGGUGGAGAUAAGAAGAAGGGACAGGCUACCAAGCAGAUCUGGAAGCUGCCGUCGGGCGCUCCUAUCAUUCCUCAAGCGGUCUUCGAUAUUGUCGAGCAAGCAUUGUCUCGGUUUCCGUUCCGAAAGCGCAAAGACUUUGUCAGCGAAGCAUGUCGCUACUGGACGUUGAAGCGCGAAGCCCGCCGUGGCGCCGCACUCCUCAAGCGUUUGCAAUUGCAGAUGGAGACCUUCUCUUCAAUGGAGCUCACGAGGCGUAACUUUGCCCAAAUGGGUCCCCCAGGCAAAGCAAGACUUCAAAGGCGAAUCGAAUUCGCCGAGACAUUACUUCAAGACCUAUUGGAGUUGAAGACCCUGUCUGAGCGGGUUGUCGAGAGAGAGCAAGAGAAGCUCGAGGCGGCAGAGCUCGAGCAAGAAUUCGUGGACACCUGCUACUUCCCCAUCGCCAAGCAAUUGGUGCCAGUGGUGGAGAGGGCCAUGUUUCUGGACAAGAACAUCUUCAAAGAAGGCCUUUUGGAACUUCAAGAAAAGCUCGAGUUGCGUUUCUACACGAAUACGCUGGUCUUCACCCACGACCUGUGCGAAGUCAUCAAUGUGGGCAUCAACACGGAACCUCCAGUCCUCGAGGAGUCGGCACCUCUUUCGCCUCCUCGCCUUGAGGCGGCCUUGCAGACGGAGGCCGAGAUCACGCACAAGCCUGUGGAAACCUUGAUCAAGGAACUGGAAGGCAUGUUGGAAGCUAGUAUCGAGUUCCGCCAGCCGUCAAUCACAGUAUCCCGCACAGAAGAAAGCACGGAGCCCAGCCAAGAUACUAUCAUGGUGGACGCAGCCGACGAGCCACAGCUGCAGCCGCAGCCGCAGCCAGAACAAGAGCCGGAGCCGGAGCCGGAUCAGGAUCCAAAGCCGGAUGAUGACCUGCAGAUCACCGUUGCAAACGAAGAGGAAACGGCGAAGCCUCAAGAAGAAGACAUAAUGGCACCUCCUGAGGAUGACGAGAUGGACAUCGAUGCCGAAGGCGAAGACGAUGAUGAGGGCAAUAUCGAGGUCAACACGUCUACAUUGGAGAAGCAGAACGACGUGCAUUCAUCGAAUUCGUCUGUGGCAGGCCAUGAAGGCAAUGGCAAGGCGGCAGAAAAGUCGGAUGGUGCGAUACCAGCUACGAUGCCGCCGUCAGAUACCCCUCCAGAAACCAACGGCUACGUAUCCAUGAGCAGGCCAUCGCAACCCGCGCCUCCGACACCACCGCAAUCUAAUGGCAGCCUGGGCAACGAGUCUACAGACCCGCUCUCUGAGGGCGGCGUGCCGUGGUACUUCAAGGAGUUCAAGCCUAAGGGCACCACGAUCAUCGAAGAGCAGUGGACGGGCCGCGAAGCCAUUCGUAGUCUCAGCGAGGACUUGACCGAUAUGGACGAACAAGAGCUUGAGGGUCUCGCCUUCGACGUUGAGGACAGCACUAUCACUGCUUCGCCCACGGUCAGCGGCGAGGUCACUGCCGAUACCAUCGUCAGCAAAGCCAAGACCAACAACAGGGUGCGUAAACGCACGAGCGCCCGAUCUGCUGCCAGACGACGCUGA